AUGCGUAUCGUAUUGUCCCAAGAGCCCGAUGCCACCUUUUUCGAGUCAUGCGAGAACACCACUGGAUUGACCCAGUUGCUAUGGCCCUCUAGCACUCGCUCGCAUUCGCCUGUCUCUGCAUUCCAGAUCCGUAUUGUCUUAUCAUCAGAGCCUGAUGCUACCUUUUUCGAGUCAUGCGAGAAUACCACCGACCUGACAUCGUCGCUAUGGCCCUUCAGCUCUCGCUCGCAUUCGCCUGUCUCUGCAUUCCAGAUCCGUAUUGUCUUGUCAGAAGAGCCCGAUGCCACCUUUUUCGAGUCAUGCGAGAACACCACCGAGUUGACGAUGUGGCUAUGGCCCUCUAGCACUUGCUCGCACUCGCCCGUCUCGGCAUUCCAGAUCCGUAUUGUCUUAUCCCAAGAACUUGAUGCCACCUUUUUCGAGUCAUGCGAGAACACCACCGACCUAAUAUCGUCGCUAUGGCCCUCUAGCACUUGCUCGCAUUCGCCCAUCUCGGCAUUCCAGAUCCGUAUCGUAUUAUCAUCAGAGCCUGAUGCCACCUUUUUCGAGUCAUGCGAGAACACCACCGAGUUGACGAUGUGGCUAUGGCCCUCUAGCACUUGCUCGCAUUCGCCUGUCUCUGCAUUCCAGAUCCAUAUCGUAUCGUCAUCAGAGCCUGAUGCCACCUUUUUCGAGUCAUGUGAGAAUACCACCGAGUUGACGAUGUGGCUAUGGCCCUCUAGCACUCGCUCGCACUCGCCCGUCUCGGCAUUCCAGAUCCGUAUCGUCUUAUCAUCAGAGCCUGAUGCCACCUUUUUCGAGUCAUGCGAGAACACCACCGACCUAAUAUCGUCGCUAUGGCCCUCCAGCUCUCGCUCGCAUUCGCCUGUCUCUGCAUUCCAGAUCCAUAUUGUCUUAUCAUCAGAGCCUGAUGCUACCUUUUUCGAGUCAUGCGAGAAUACCACCGACCUGACAUCGUCGCUAUGGCCUUUCAGCUCUCGCUCGCAUUCGCCUGUCUCUGCAUUCCAGAUCCGUAUUGUCUUGUCAGAAGAGCCCGAUGCCACCUUUUUCGAGUCAUGCGAGAACACCACCGAGUUGACGAUGUGGCUAUGGCCCUCUAGCACUUGCUCGCAUUCGCCUGUCUCUGCAUUCCAGAUCCAUAUCGUAUCGUCAUCAGAGCCUGAUGCCACCUUUUUCGAGUCAUGUGAGAAUACCACCGAGUUGACGAUGUGGCUAUGGCCCUCUAGCACUCGCUCGCACUCGCCCGUCUCGGCAUUCCAGAUCCGUAUCGUAUCGUCAUCAGAGCCUGAUGCCACCUUUUUCGAGUCAUGCGAGAAUACCACCGAGUUGACGAUGUGGCUAUGGCCCUCUAAAGUCAAUAAGCAUGCAUCCCAGUUUUCUUUAACCUUUGGUAAAUUGCUUAUCCAUUUUGGAAUAAAGUUCUCGAAUGUCCUUCGCAUGACACUCUUCCUUGGGGCAAAAGCCAGGCAACAAUAA